AUGUCUGAGCCCAUCAGAAAUAAGAAGGCCGAUUUCCCGGUCGCACCGACCCCGCAAAACACACCGGCCAACAAUGCUCCUAUUUCCUCUCACGCUCAACAGCCUGGUGUCUCCAGCAUCAAGGAGGAGUCCCUUGACAAUGCCACCGCUGCCUCUCUCUUCGCCCGCAACCCUGCCCUGGUCUCCAUGAUCCAAGGCAAGCUGGGUCAACUCGUCGGUCGCUCUUCCGGCUACAUCGAAUCUCUCCCUCCUUCCGUCCGCCGCCGUGUCGCUGGCCUGAAGGGUGUCCAGAAGGAGCAUGCCAAGCUCGAGGCUCAGUUCCAGGAGGAGGUUUUGGAACUUGAGAAGAAGUUCUUUGCCAAGUUCACCCCGCUCUACGAGCGUCGUUCUACGAUAAUCAACGGCGGUGUGGAGCCGACCGAGGCCGAGGUUGAGGCCGGAAAGGAGGACGAGGAAGAAGAGGAGGAGACCAAGGAGGUCAAGAAGGAAGAGGGUGAGACCAUGACCGGUAUCCCCGAGUUCUGGCUCUCUGCCAUGAAGAACCAGAUCUCUCUUGCCGAGAUGAUUACCGAGCGUGACGAGGACGCCCUCAAGCACCUCACCGACAUUCGCAUGGAGUACCUUGACCGCCCCGGAUUCCGCCUCAUUUUCGAGUUCUCUGAGAACGAGUUCUUCACCAACAAAACCAUUUCCAAGUCAUACUUCUACAAGGAUGAGAAUGGAUACGGCGGUGAUUUCAUUUACGACCACGCCGAAGGCUCCCAGAUCGACUGGAAGGAGGACCAGGAUCUGACCCUCCGCCUUGAAAGCAAGAAGCAGCGCAACAAGAGCACCAAGCAGACCCGCGUUGUCAAGAUCAGCGUGCCCACCGAAUCCUUCUUCAACUUCUUCUCUCCCCCACAGCCCCCCACCGAUGACGACGAUUCCGUCGCCAGCGAUAUCGAGGAGCGCCUCGAGCUCGACUACCAGCUUGGUGAAGACAUCAAGGAGAAGCUCAUUCCCCGUGCCAUCGACUGGUUCACCGGUGAAGCCCUUCAGUUCGAGGAGCUCGGUGACGACAUGGAGGGCGAGUUCGAGGACGAGGAUGACGAGGAUGAGGAGGAUGAGGACGACGAGGAUGAGGAAUCCCACGGGUCGGACCGCGAUGUUGAGGAGGACUCAGAUGAAGAGGAUGGAACCUCCAAGCCCAAGAAGGAGGCCGCCGAGUGCAAGCAAAACUAA